AUGUUUGUUGUCACAACCACUCGUGAGCAACCAAGGCGAAGUAUAUUCAGUGUAUAUCAAGUAAGAGGUAAUAUAAGGGAACUCGCCCAUAGCUACUUGAGUUGCAGUGAGGUUACGAUAAGUGACUAUCUCGUGAGUGGCAUGAUGACAAGUAUCGACAAUUACACCAUCUACUGCGGCGGUACUGAUGAAAGGAAAGUAGGAGGCUGCGCAAAAACUGUUAGGAGCGAUUAUAACAAGCUGGUGGAGGAGAUUGCAUCAAACUCAUCAGGAUGCGCCUUUGUACGAUUGCGGGAUCGCAGAGGACUCAAACUUUGUAUCGGAAGUGCUCACGCACCUACGGAGACCACAGACGAUCACAAGGACGCGUUUUAUGAUGAACUCAAUACAAUGAUAUCCAAAUUACAAAGCCAGCAGACGUUGUUGUCGGAAUUGAUGCGAAUGCAAAGAUGGAACCUGAACAACAAUCCGUUGUGCUGGAAAAAUGGUUCUAUCUCACUGACCAGACAUCGGACAACAGAAAUUGUCUGA